AUGGCUAAAAAACCAAGUUUGGGUCGACAAAAGAUUAAGAUAGCGAAAAUCCAGAUAAAAAACCAUCUACAGGUAACCUUCUCGAAGAGACGGUCAGGGCUCUUCAAGAAAGCUAGUGAGCUUUGCACAUUGUGCGGGGUUGAAAUUGCUAUUGUGGUAUUCUCUCCGGCUGGAAAGGUUUUUUCCUUUGGACAUCCUAAAGUCGAGUCAAUUGUUGAUAGAUUUCUGACCCGAAACCCAAAACUUAACUCCACAAGUUUACAUGUCAUAGAGGCUCAUAGGAUAGCUAGCAUUCCUGAGCUAAACAUGCAGCUGACGCACUUGCUCAAUGAGUUAGAAGUUGAGAAAAAAAGAAGUGAGACACUAGAUGAAAUGAGAAAGGCUAGUCAGAGCCAGUUUUGGUGGGAAGCACCAAUUGCAGACCUAACUCUCCAUGAGCUUGAACAACUGAAGGAUUCAAUGGAGGAACUUAAGAAGACUGUAGCAAUACAAGCUAACAAGCUUUUUGUCGAGAAUUCUAACUCUGUGCCAAUUUUCGGUGCUAAUAAUAAUAUUAGAGGUGGUCUUGAUCACUAUGAUAUCAAACCUCCCCCUAUCAUAUCAUCAUCUUCUAGUGCUUCUCACAUCCAUAACUAUGGCUAUGGCCUUGGUUUAUUCUAA